AUGCCCCGAUACGUCCGAUUCGCGUUACCAUGGUCCGAACGGUUGCAGCAGGUAGCUAAAAUUUUUGGCUCAAACUCUGACCCCCACCCCCCAUCCCCCGCUGAGCAAUCAAAAAUUGAAAUUCUUCGACCUAUUUUUUUAUUGGAGGUAUUGUGAACUGUGAAAAAACGUAUUAAUGAUCGGAAUUUGUGCGAUUUCGAGGAAAAAAUCGAUAUUUUUUUUAAAUCUUGAACAGUCGAUUUCUGUUUCAAAUCAUCCUGAACCGAUGAUUUGAAACAGAAAUUUAUUUAUUUAAAAAAAUGUUGCUAGGACAUUGGGAAAAUGUUUCUCAAUUAUAUGGUCACUAUACGAUUCAAAAUGAGUACUAGACGAUGGUCAUUACGGACGAAGCUUAACUUGCCGCCGAGAAGAGUUGAGAAUAAUUAAAAAGAGGCCGACGAGGCGAUUUUAUGUGACAGACAUGUCCGUGUGUGUGUUGAAAUUGCGUGUUGGCAACCCAAUUUUCUGGUCUCUUUUGUUGGAACAUUGGAAAGUACUUGAGUUGUCUGUUUGAGCUGAAGAAUGUGUGCUCCAAGGAUAAUUUUUAAUUUUUUUUCUCUCUUGUUUUUUGUCCGAAAUUUAGAGCUCUGAAGUUCAAUAAAAGUAGUUUUUUUCAAAUUUUUGCACCUUCUGAGGAAUUUCUCAGGGGUCCCUAUAGGCGUUUGUUGUUUUAAAGACCCCUAUAGGGGCAAAAUAGGGCCCUUUAUAAGGGUGAAACUCUUAGGGGUCCCUAUAGGGUAAUAGGGGCAGACUCCUAAGCUCCUAAAGCUUAAGGGUCCCUAUAGGGUUUCACUUUUUUUUUCCUUCCCUCAGCUCCUUUUUUUUCAAUUUUUUUUUGAAAUAUAUUCGAAUUUUUGACUUUUUGACUUUUUUGUUUGAUCUACCUUCGGAGGACUUGAACUAGAAACCACAAAAAAAAUUUUUUUUUUUUAGGGUUUUUUUCGUACUCUGUAUUCUUUGAAUCUCGGCCAUAUUAUCUUUUAAUAAAUUUUCUAGUUUUCGAUAAAAAUAGUUAUGAAGUUCGAAGAAAAUCGUUAGAAACCACAAAAAUAGGCCUGAAUGAGUCUUUGAGCCCUAAGUUUUCGAAAAAUCUGAAUUUUUGCAAUUUUGAGACUGUCAGAAUAUUCAACUGGUACGUCUGGCAAUUUUUCCGAAAAUUUGAAACUUCGAAGUAAAAUCACCUCUCAGAUGCUGUUGCUUCUUAUUCGCUUCGAAAUAUGAUAAAUAAAAAAAGAACAGAAAAAUUAUUGGUUUUACAGGAUGGAGGGCACCUCCAACGGCCAAAGGCCGUACAUCCGGCUGACCUCCCAGCUUCGGAAUGCGACGAGGAACGCCGGCGGCGAAGUUCGUUUCCGAUGCGAGGCCCUUGGAACGCCGCCCCUGCGUUUUAUGUUUGUUUUUUUUCGAGAAUUUCUUUUCCUUAUUUUUGAAGGCUUGAUCAAAUGAAAAUGAGAUUGGAGAGGCUAAUGCCAUUUUCUAAAUCUUUCAUCAACUUCAAAGCGGUCUUUUUGAACUUUUACAAUACUGGGAAGAUUUUUGGUGGCCACUAUAGAGACUCGCCAAGGACUAUUUGGAGAGGACACUAAAGUGACCACUAAACUCACCUCUAUAGUGGCCACUAUUUUCCGUUUUAGUGGCCACUUCAGUAGAAAUUCAUCCAGUAUUCCUUCCAGUAACUCUGAUCCAUUGACCCCUAAAGUGGCCACUAAUUUGACUACUAUACUGGCCACUUAAACGUCUAAACCCUCUAGUGGCCACUAAAAGUUUUCUCAACAUUUUCUAAAAUGUGUCGCCAACUUUAAAGCGGUCUUUUUGGACUUUUACAGUGUAUUCUUUCUUCUAGAAAAGGAAAAUUACCUAAAAAUUGAAGAGAAAAUAAUUUGGCUUGUUAAAAAUGAGGUUUGAAUUAUUGAUGCUGAAUUUUAAAGCUUUUCAUCGAGUUUUUUUUUGAAUAAGUGUCUUCUUCCGAUUACCUUCUAGUUAAAAAAAGGAAAAUGUCUGAAUUCGCACCGAAGCGAAUUUUUUUGCAGAAAAAGUCGCUCUAUGGCCAAUAAUUAUAGUUUUUUUAUAGUUUUUUUAAAGUCUUUUUCUUUUUUUCUCUAAUUCUAGCGACUUUUUUUAAGCUGAAAAAAAUUUUACCAAUUGAAGUUCUUGGUGAAAAAUUUUUAUUAAAUUUCUGGAUAGAAACCAUCAACUUCAGGUGGCUGAAAAAAACAACGCGCCGGUGGAAAAGUCGAAGCGGGUCCGGGUUCGGGAGAAGGAGACGUCUUCAAGACUGGUCAUCUCCCAUCUGGACGUCCUCGACAGCGGCUAUUACCAGUGCGUCGUCUCCAACACAGCCGCUUCGGUUAACACGACCAGCGUUCUUCGGGUACCUUUUUCUUCUUUUUUUUUCAGUUUCUUUUUUUGUAACUUUCAUUUUUCGCUUUGACCAACAUCCCUUUCGCUAGCGCUUCCAUGAUUUUCCUAUAUAUGCUCCUUUGAAUCGCUUAGUUAAUACUGAAUGGACUUCCGUCAGCUUUUGCCUAAAUUGAGAAUAAUAGAAGCUUUUCUGAGUUUUCAUAGGUGUUUUUUUUUUCUCAAAAUUUUUCAUUUUGGCUCCUUUGAAUCCCUCAGUGACAUGUGUAUGGACUAUGGUCAGCUUUAGCCGGAAUCUAAAAGCACAGAAGCUUUCAUUGAACAAUUAUCUUUUCGCGACGAAAUUCUCAAGCUUUUCUUAACCAUGCUCCUUUAAAAACACCCUAGUGAAAAGACUAUGGUCAUCUUUCGCCUAAAUUGAGCUUUCAUGAAAGUUUUCCAUAACUUUUUUAGCUCUGGACUUUUAAAUUCCUUAGCUACUGGUGAAUGGACUAUGACCAGCCUUCGUCCCCUUUUUUCGCGUCGAAAUUUUUGUGAUUUUCCUAUCCAUGCUCCUUUAAAAACUUCAAAAGAAUAUGGUCAUUUUUUGCCGAAAUUGAAAAUUUUCAUGAGACUUUUUUUCCCAAAAGUUCUUUUAUCUCUGUCCCUUUAAACCUAUCAGUGACUGUGAUGAGACUAUAGCCAUCUUCGGCCUCCAUUUUUUUUUUCGCAACAAAAUUUUCAUGAUUUUUCGAUCUCUGCUCCUUUAAAAACACCCCAGCGAUUGACGAAAAGGCUAUGGUCAGCUUUGGCCCAUACUUUGAAUAAUAUAAACUUUCUUUUCGCCACGAAACUCUCAAGCUUUUCCGAUCUCUGCUCCUUUAAAAACACCCUAGCGUCUGACGAAAAGACUAUGGUCAGCUUUGACCCAUACUUUGAAGAAUAGAAAUUCUCUUUUCGCAACGAAAUUCUCGAGCUUUUCCGAUCUAUGCUCCUUUAAAAACACACUAGUGACUGGCGAAAAGACUAUGGUCAGCUUUCGCCCAAAUUGCGGAAACGAAUACCAAUCGGAAUUUGGCGCGGGGGUGAGUCAGCUCAUUAGAGGAAGAGAAGCUCUCCGGAAGGUCCAUCGCGUUUGAUUCGAGCCCUGUGUCCUAAAAAGGGAAGUCCACCAACGGCUAUUUCUCCCUCCCGAAUAUUGGCCACCACUAUCGCCGUCGCGCAUCUUUCCCCAUGUUUCGCAAUUGUUUCUUCUUUUUUUUUUGGUCCCUCCAUCGUCGCUCGUUAUUUAUGACUCGUUGGCAACAAAUUGCGAGGGAUUUUUGAUGGGAAAAGUUUCUGAACUUCUAUUUAUAGGCAAAAUCGGAAAGGGUGGAAAAAAGGCUCCAUAAAGGCUCCUUUUUGCUGCCUUUUUGCACCAUUUCAUCGGCUUUUAUGCACCAUUUUUGCAGCCUCUCCCUUUUUCCAGCAUUUCUUGACCCUCAAAAAUCCCAGAAAAAUGGAAGGCUUGAUAAAGGGACCCUUUUUGCUACCUUUUUGCUGCAUUUUUCCAGCCUUUUUGCAGCCUUUUUUGAGCCUCUCCCUUUCAGCGACCAUUAUCCACCAUUCAAUCUUUGCCCGAGUUUUUAGGGUCUGUAGUGAGAGAAGUUGCGAGUUUUAAAAUGAAAGCUUUGUGAAAAAAUUGGGAUUUUUCUGUUAUGUAUCUCACAAAGAUAAAUAGUUGGGGAAUUUUUUUAUGGAAUUUUUUUUUCUGAUAUUUCUUUUAAAAACGACUUUUUUUUUCAAGCUACCGGAAAAAUCUUGAGCUAUGACGUAUGAAUCAAAUUGAUCUACACCGAAAAAACAAUUUGCAGCAAUAGCAACAAGCUUAUAUCCGUGCGAGAAGUUCACGUAGUUUUAAUUUUUGGUCUGAAACGUAUUCAAUGUCGUAAAUGAAGCCUUUAUCGCAUUAUUAGUGGGUUUGAAGGUAUUUAUUAUUCUUGAUGCUAAAUUAGAAUUUUUUUUAAUGAUAAGGUAUCGGCGAUUAGAGUGUAGUUUAGUCGUAAAAAAUCAAAUUUCAUCAAAAUUUUCGGAUUUCGGAAAUUUUGGCUAAGUCAGGAAUGUUUUGAAAUUCAAUUUUCGAACAAAUAUGAUUCGAAAUAAUGUUUGAAAUCAAUAAUUGUCUGAAAUAUCGAGAAAUGGACGUUUUCUGUGAAAUUUCGUCGCUUAUAACCCAGAAUUAAAUCAAUUGAAUCAAAGAAAUUUGACUCCUAUUAAGCUUUCUAGGUCAUUAACCAUCAAAAUGGAUAAUGGCCGCUAAAUGGCUCAAAAAAGGCCGCAGAAAGGUAGCAAAAAGGGUCCCUUUAUCGAGCCUUCCAUUUUUUCUGUGAUUUUAAAGGCUAGAGAAAUGGUGAAAAAGGUAGAGGCAGCAAAAAUGGUGCAUAAUAGUCCAUGAAAUGGCGCAAAAAGGCAGCAAAAAAAAGGAGCCCUUUUUCCGACUUUUCCUAUGUAUAGUUAAUGCAAAAAAUAGCCAAAAAUGGUUAAAUGUAGCUAGAGGAAAGGAAGAAAAGCUUCAUGGUCCCUUUUGUCAAAAAACAAAAAAUUGGGUUAGUUUUCGACGAGUACGACCUAUCAGCAGAUUGAAUAUGUUGAGGAUUUGCGGGUGGUGUCGCGGCGGUGUCCCGCCCGUGAUGGAUGCGUUUGGGUGGCCGACCGGCCGGCCAGACCCUCCGGUUUCUUGUGCCAAAACCUCGUCUUUGUCAGUCCCUUCACUGCACAACCCGCACCCUCUUUUUGUUCUUCCGUUGACUUUUCUUUUUUGGAUUUCGUUCAAAACUUCUUCAUUUAAAAGUGUUCUACUGGUGAUUUGGGUUUUUAUAAUCACACUACCUAGGCAAAGUCGGAAGAGACUCCUUUUUGCUGCCUUUUUGCGCCAUUUCAUCGGCUUUUAUGCACCAUUUUUGCUGCCUCUCCCUUUUUCCACCAUUUCUUGAGCCCUUUAAAAACCCCGGAAAAACUUAAGGCUUGAUAAAGGGACCCUUUUUGCAACCUUUUUCCGGCCUUUUUGCUGCCUUUUUGAGCCUCUCCCUUUUAGCAACAAUUAUACGACGUUCCGAUAUUUUAGCUUCCGAAUCCUUCUUUUAAAAGUUUAAAAAUAGUUCAUAAAUGAAUUUUUCCUUCUAACUUCCAUUCUCGGUGUAUACUCCGUGGUUUUUAUUCUUAAGGAAAAAGGCUCAAAUCGUGCGUCAUAAAUAUGGACACUUUUUUUGCUAUUGUAAAUUUGCUAUUGUUCGAGCGAAUUUUUAAGCGAAAAAAAUAUUGAAUUGACUCAUAAAUCGUAAUACCUUCAAGUUUCAACCUUUUUUUUUGCGUAUUUUCCAACUUUUCAGUAUGUUAAAUGUCUAAUUUUUAACAUGUUGAAAAUUAAUUUUUUUUUUCCCCUACUCUUUUGCCUUCAAUUUCUUGUACAUUUUCGUCGUUAUUAGUGUCGAAAUAUCUAUUUCCUAUCAACCAUAAUAAUCCUCUGCUAAACUUGCCCAUAUCAUAUUUGCCGUGCCAUGAGUCGACCGGCUUGACCUCACCAAAAAGAAUAAUCCCGCCUUGUCGCUUUCUGGCGAACCCCCCGUUCUUUUGUCGCGCACUUUUUUGUCUGGUAUAUUCGACGAGCCAUUUGAUACCUCCUCCCCUUCCACGCGCCUCACUUUUUUUUUCCCUUUUCUGACCAGCGUACUUUUUUUUCUUGCAAGUGUGGCCAGCUGCGCGCCGUUUUUUGGAAAGUUGCGUAGGCUCUAGGAGGUUUGAACCUUUUUUUUUUAAUUGUUGCAGAAAAUGUGAAGGAAAGUUGGAAUAGGCUUCAUAGAAAUGUAACUUUUAGGGUGAAAAAGGCUCCUUGAAAGCUGAUUUUUUUAAAAUCCAGAUCUAUAGGCAAAGCGGGAAAGAGUGGAAAAAGGCUUCAUAGAAAUGUUCCUUGUUUGCUGCCUUUUCAGGCCAUUUCAUCGGCUUUUAUGAACCAUUUUUGCUGCUUCUCCCUUUUUCUACCAUUUCUUGAGCUUUUAAAAAUCCAGAAAAAAUGGAAGGCUCGAUAAAGGGACCCUUUUUGCUACCUUUCUGCGACCUUUUUUGAGCCUCUCCCUUUUAGAAGCCAUUAUCCGAAAUUGCCCCUUGGCCCGAGCGGAAAGUAUGGAUUUUUAUAAUGAGGAAAACUUGAGGUUACGAUUGAGUAGAAGAAUUUAUCGAUUCAUUCAAAAAAUCGAGAAUUUUCGGUUCAUUUUUUCGAAUUUAUUUGGAAUUUUGAGCCGUUCCCUGUUGAAGUUUGUGUAGUAUAAAAUGAAGAUUUCGUGAAAAAAAUUGAUUUCUUUUUGAAAAAUUUUUCUUUUUUUGUUUCAUUAUAAAUCUUUAUAGACCUUCCAGAAGUUGUAAAAAAAGGUUUUAAUAGAAAAUAAUCGAUUCCGGUGUAAGUUUUGAAUUUCACUCUUGUGAUGUUCGAAUUCCUGAUUUAUUAUUUUUCGAUUUUUCCAGCAAACUCUAGAAUUUUUUUCUGUUUGUUGGUCAUUAAUUUUUCUCGAUUUUACUCUUUUUUUACUAUCAUUGGGUACGAAAUUCUCAUUUAUUUUAUUUUCUUUUUGGAGAUUGUCUUUCGUUUUUUUCUCCAACAGACCUCCGAAGAUUCCCUGCGAAUUUCUAAUUAAUUUUUUCCAAGCUUUUUCCAUCCCCAACACGUUUUGAUUAGCUGUAAAAUCGAUGAAGAGCGGAAAGCAAAUCACUCUUUUUCGGAGCAAAACUCGUAAAAUGCGGACGCGUCUGCGCCUUUUGAUAUAUGGCUGAUAAGACGGGAGGGUGGACACGGCGUCGCCUGACCUUUGUGCAAUUUUUCUUCCCCGGCUCUUUUCCACGUUUUUUCUUCUUUUGUGUGUCUGUUGCGAAGAAGUUUGGCUAACUAUUUUCCUUUUUACGACGAAAUUUUGGAUUUUGGCUUGAAAAAUGACCGGUUUUAAUGAUUAUAGGCUUCUGAAAAAAUAUAUGGACCGCGAAAAGCAACAUUUUUCGUUUUUAUGACUAUCUUAAUGGCGAAUAGUUCAGAUUUUCAGUUAUUAAGAUCGAAAUUCCUCAAAAAUGAGCCGAAAUUCAUUUUUUUUAGCUUGGAAAAUGACCGUUUUUAAUGGUCAUAGUCUUUUUCCAAUGUAUAUAUUGCCCCGAAAAGCGAUUUUUUUACCCUUUUUUUAAAAAAAUUUUUAAAAAAAUGUUAGAAGCUUAGAUUAUAAAUUUUUUUAUUUCCAUUAUCAUUUUUUUCAAAUGACAAAUGGUCCCUUGAAAAUGAGCCGAAAUCCAUAUUUUGGCCUAAAAAAUGACCGAUUUUCGAGGAUUCUGGUCUUUUCCAAAUGCAUCUAGAGCCAGAAAAAGCAACAUAUUACGGUUUUAUGAAUGUAACAGAUGGGAAUAGUUUGGAUUUUCAGUUUUUAAAAUGAAAAUUCCUUGAAAAAGAGCCAAAAUCCAUGUUUGAGCUUGAAAAAUGACCGAUUUUCGAUGAUUUUAGGCUUCUCCAAAUGUAUAUUAAGACCGGAAAAGCAGCAUUUUACGUUGUUAUGACUGUUAGAAUGGCGAAAAAUCCAGAUUUUUAUUUUAUUUUUUCCAAUUUCUUGUCUCAAAGUUCCAUUUUCACUACAAAAUUUCCUUGAAAAAUGAGCCAAAAUCGAUAUUUUAUACUGAAAAAUGGCCGACUUUUAAUGAUUAUAGUCUUUUCUACUUGUAUAUUAAGCCCGGAAAAGCGGCAUUUUACGGUGUUAUGAAUGUUACAAAGGCAGAUAGUUUGGGGGUCUCUCGAAUUUCCAAACAUUUGGAGGUCGUUUUGGUGGGGCCGCCGCGCAAUUUGCAUGCAUAUGAGAGUUGAUGGGCAGCUGGAAAUAGCCUCGUUUCGUUUUGUUUCACUUCGUUUUUCUGUUUUUUUAGUUUUUGGCUCAAAAAGUUUAGAUCUACUGAUAGAUUUUCCAAUUUUCAAAUGGUCCUCAAAAAACCUAAAAAUCAGUCAGUUUCAAGGUUAAUUUGAAACUCAACGUUUUUCUAUUGAAAUUUGUUGAAGUUUAUCAAAGCCCUGAAUGACGUCAUCGCCUUAAAAGUGGCCACUUAAGUUUACUUACUAGUAUGUUACGUUCAAAGUGACCUCUCAAGUGUAGUUCUAGAACGAUUUCCAGCCAAAAUGAAAGGAUCUUUACUGUUGUAGUUACCACUGGACAACAUCGAACUGAAGUGUUCCUAGCCACUUAAGUGAUCACUUCGUUUUUUCGUUUCUCAAAUGGUCCUGAAAAAUAGGAAUCAGUCAGCUUCAAGGUUCAACUAAAAACUGAAAAAAGAGCCAUUUUUUCGAAAAAUCGGAACUUCUCAAUGAAGCUGCAAUGACGUCAUCAGUAGGGCUCAAGUGACCGCUUAAGUUUACUAAUAGUACGUUAUCCCUAAAGCGGCCACUACAGCAGAUCCAAAGACUCCUACUAUCUCAUGUAUGGUUUGUCUUGCCCAACUGUCGUGAUCUCAUGGAGCCAUCUAAGUCAUAAGCCACUUAAGGGACCACUACAGCAUAUCCAAAGACUCCUAAUAUCCCAUGUAUGGUCUGUCUUGCCCAACUGUUGUGAUCUCCUGAAACCACCUAACUCAAAAGCCCCUUAAGUGACCACUUCGCCAGAUUCGAACACUCCUACCAUCCCAUGUAUGGUCUGCCUAUCUGUCUUGAUCUCAUGAAACCAUCUAACUAAAAAGCAACUUAAGUGGCCACUUCACCAGAUUCGAACACCUCUACUAUCCCAUAUAUGGUCUGUCCUCUCUGUAGUCUGUUCAGAUUUUUAAUGUCAAGUGCAAUGACGUCAUUCAAAAACACUCUGUGGAUGGCUCGCUUUCUGAUUGGUUUAUUGCACCAUUAUGGGCGGAGCUUGAGCGACGACUUGACAUUCAAAAUCUGAAAAGACUAUAUCUGUCUUGAUCUCAUGGAACCAUUCAACUCAAAAGAUCCGAUGUCACUUGAGUGACCACUUCCCUAGAUUCGAACACUCCUACUAUCCCAUGUAUGGUCUGUCUUGUCCAACUGUCUUGAUCUCAUCAAUGUUAAUGGAUUAGCUGUUUUGAAGAAAGGAAAAGAUGAGAGGCAGAUAUGUCCCGGGAUAAAUGUAUUUGGUUAUUAAUGAGAAGAUUUGUUGGUAGAAUGGAGAAGGGAGGUUGGUGGAGAGAAGACGCUGCUGUUGGCAGAUGCAUCAUCACUCAACGUCGGGAGCCGCCUCGACCCAUCCCCCUCUCGUUUCCCGACGCUAUUUCGUCGGCUCUCGCCAUAUCUCCAAGCAGAGCCUAUCAGUUCCGAAGACGUCGUCCCGGCUCUCCGACGGCCUCCAGAUGUACACGUCCUUCCUUUUUUUGGCUUGGAUUUUUUUGGAGUAUGGCUAGGUCUUCGUUUUUGGAUUUGGCUGAGAUGAAUUGAACUGUUUGUUUUCAAGGUUUUCUUGAUUUUGAGUUCUUUCCAGAUGCCUUAUUGGUAUUUUCUUGGGUUUUUUGGACUUGGCUUAGUUUGGAGCACGACUAGGUCUUCAUUUUUGACUUGGGUUCAACUCUAGAUGGCUCUAAACUGUCUUUUUCUAAAGUUUACUCGAUUUUGAGUACUGUCAGGUGCCUUAUUUGGUUAUUUUGUUGCAUUUUUCGAACUUUUCUCAGUUUAGAGCACGACUAGGUCUUCAUUUCGGACUUCGGAUCAAAAGUCCAUUUUUGGCGUUUCUAGAUACCUUAUUUUCUUGAUUUUCUGACUUCAAGCAUCGCUAAAUCAUAGAGUUUGCUUCAAAUUUUGAAAUUGCCUUUUUGGCUCCUUUCCAAAAAACAAUGCGAGGUGAUAAAAAUGACGUGUUGCCUUAUCGGUAGAGCAAAUUUUCCCUCUAAAAAGAAGAUUUUGAUAUACUUCUCCCGAUUUUAUUAAUAAAUCCUGGUCUGUACCUUGUCAACGAGAACCGCACACGCUCCGGGCGAUUCUGAGCAUUUUUAGUGACCACUUUAGCGGCGUCGAGUGGUCCCUAGAGUUGUUCAGAUACUUUCGGUUUCAGGCCCGAUACUUCGGACAUUUGUAACGCGAAACGGACGUUUCUGGGCGAUUCUAGGGAUCACUUAAGACUCCGGAGGCUACUAAAGUGGUCACUAGAAAUUCCCCGACAAGUCCUCUUCGCGUCACCAAGGUCCGAGAGGUUUCUCUAAAAAGAAAAGUACUCAAUGGAGCGCACUUUCCCUUUAUCAAACCCGAAAAAAUCGACCUCGAAGCUUCGAAUGAAGCUGAAAUCGAGAAUAAACUGCCGCCGCCACUAUCACCACGGCAGUGAUCAGUCAAACGGGAGCAGAGCGGGGCGAAUAAAAUGAAUCGAGCCGUCAAACCGCAAAGGAUCUGCCGCGUUUGAUCUGCACCGCCACUCGAGAAUCACCAUCGAGCAUCGACUGUCUCGAGAUUACUCACGUAGCGGCGCGGCUAUCAUGUUUGAACUUGAAAAAGGCCCAUUUUUUCGAAAUUUGAAUUUUUGAAAAAGUAAGUGGUCUAUUGUGAGAGCAUAGUUACCGAUUUCCGAUUGAAACUGAAUUUAUUUUUGAAAGUGUGUCAUUUUUGAGUUCUGAUAAGAAUAAGAAGCUGAGAAAACUUUCAGCGGCCACUUAAGAGGCUCGCCAAGGACUAAUUGGAGAGAACAUCAAAGUGGCCACAAAACCCACCUCUAUAGUGGCCACUAUUUUCCGUUUUAGUGGCCACUAUAGGGAUUCUUUAUUCAGUGGCCACUUCAGUAGUUUUUCAUCCAGUAUUCCUACCAGUAACUCUGAUAAUAUUAAAACAAACAUAUUGGACCAGUUAUGUUGAUCCAUUGACCCCUAAAGUGGCCACUAAAAUUUUUAAUGGUCUAGUAGUAGCACUUAGACCUCUAUAGUGCUAACUGAUUUUAAACCCCUUAAGUGGCCACUCAUUUGACUACUAUAAUGGCCACUAAAGCGUCAAAACCCUAUAGUGACCUCUAAAAAUUUUCCCGUUGAGGCUUUUUUUGUUUUUGAAAAUCAGUCUUCGUCUCUCGUUUUUUGUUUAAAAAUCCCAGAAUCCGAGCUUCUUUUCAUGAUCUUUUGGAGAAAAAUGGUGUUGAGAAAUGUAAUUUUUCGGAUCUGAUCUCAAAAAUUUACAUAUGACGAUCAAUUUUUUCGAUAAAGUUCACCUCUUUCCCGGAUCGUCCAACUUUGGACGGGGGCAGAGCCUUUCAAACACCUUUUUAGCAUUUUUUGAGGACGGAUUCGGAUUCAGCGGGAAAAAUAAGUAUAGGGAACUGCUUUAGACCAUUUUUGGGGAGAUCAAAAAUUUUGUAACGCCGUCAACUUGACUAUCGAUUCUGGAGGAAUUUUCUGUUUUUUUGAAAUUUUUCAAAGUUCCUGGUGUUUUUCACAUUGCCCGAGUUCAUAUUCCUGACUAGAAAACCCAUUUUCGAACGCCUUGACUACGGUGACCGUGUCGGAGGGCUCCCGCCUGGACGACCGCCCUCUCAUUCGCGCCUCUCGCGACCUCGUCAGUUUGUAAAUCGUAAAAUGACCGCUGAACGUCUGGUGGUGGCGUUGAAAAGACCUCGUCGAGCGUCUUUUUCCAAGGUUUCUGGCUUGAAAAACGUUUUUUUAAGGGUUCUAGGACUUGUGGAAGCUUCAAAUAGGAUACUUUUCACCUUUUUUUUCUUUUUUUGCGCGAAAAUCUUGAUCUUAACCUUUUGGUUAGGGCUUCGAAAAAUUGAGCUGGGGUUGAAUUUUUAAAACCUUCUCUAUCUAGAAAUCAAUAGUUUUCAAAAAUACCAAAAAUAUACUCGAUUUUUAUUUUUCUAUUUUUGAAUUUUUUUUUCGACAUUUUUUUACUCAUAUCUCGACUAUUGUACUUAAGAAAAAAGGAAUUUAAAUUUUUUUUCUUCCCGAAAACUUUUAUGAUGAGUAUAGUAACAAUAUUCCCAGCCAUAAAUUCCGCAUCGAAACGUUCGAUUUCUCACCUUAAUUUCGGUUCGUGGCCACAUUAACACGGCCAUUUGCCCUUCCUUCGUCCCAUCGUCUCUUUUUUUGUCUUGUUGGUUUUACCAUUUGCCCUUUUAUGCCCAUCUUUUGAAUUUGAAAUUUUUAAGAAAAUGUGGGUUUUUUGGAUUUUUUUUGUUAGGAACGAUAGGUUCGCAGUUUCUGGAAAUUUUGAAAUAGUUUGUUAUUUACAAUAUUUUACUCCUCGUUAUUUUUGGGAAGUGACCAUCUAAACUGCGUAGAAAUCUGUGAUUCGAAAGAAAAUUAUCGAAACUUUGUAGUUUAGAGAGUGUAGAAAAAAAAGGAGACAACCAUACGGAGAGAGCAAAUUUAACGUGUCUGCGUUUCUGUUUCUACACAGUCUGUAGUUUUUUUUUCCACACUGACUUUUUUUUAUAAAAUUUUUGCAUGGAUUUCUUGCAAUGUAAAAGAAGUUAGAUAUAAUUAAAAACGAAGAGAAAGUGAGACACAAAGAAAAAAUGUUUUUGUCGGAUGUCUCCUUUUUUACACACUCUCUAGCUUCUUCGACGGAAAUUAGCUAAAAAAUUUUUUUCAUAGGCUUUUUUCAAACUUGCUGUGAAAAUUUUUAGUGGCCCCUAUAGAGGCUUCCUAAGGACUAUUUGAAGAGGACACUAAAGUGGACACUAUUUUCCGUUUUAGUGGCCACUUCAGUAAUUUUUUUUUAUCUAGUAUUCCUUCCUGUAACUUUGAUAAUUUCAAAACAAACAGAUUAUGUUGAUCCAUUGACCCCUAAAGUGGCCACUAAAACUUUUAGUGGUCUUGUAGUGGCACUUAGACCUCUAUAGUGGCCACUAAUUUUCAACCCCUUGAGUGCCCCUAAUUUGACUACUAUAGUGGCCACUUAAACGUCAAAACCCUAUAGUGACCCCUAAAAAUUUUCCGUUAUGUCUUUUUUGCAUCCUCUAGCUUCUUCUACGGAAAAUAGCUCUUCUUUCGAUUUCAUGAGCUUUUAAAAAAGUCAUAAUAUUCACUGCAAAAAAAUACUUCCCAAGCCUUUUUCCCCCAUAUUUCUUGGGCUCAUUUGUCGGCCAGCUGUCACGAUAAACCAAACGGGACACGCUUAAUUGGGUAACAAUGAAUCACGGUUCGGAAAUUGCGGCGACGCAGUAUUUUUUUUCGUGUUGCUUGCCGGAGGAUGGGCCCGAAAUUCGCCCUCCGUCGGUUGGUUCCUUCUCGGCCGCCCUUUGAAAUGAAUUAUGGGGCUGGCCGGUAGUGCAACAAUUGUUGCCGAGGCUCAUUCGACACGUCUUUUUUCUCGAUUUUCAUUUGAUGUUCUCAAACGUUUUUUGUUACUGGGCCACUGUAGGGUUUUGACGUUUUGGUGGCCACUAUAGUAGUCAAAUUAGUGGCGACUUAAGGGGUUAAAAGUUAGGGGCCACUAUAGAGGUCUAAGGGCUAAUACUAGAAAACUAAAAAGUUUUAGUGGCCCCUUUAGGGGUCAAUGGAUCAACAUAACUGGUCCAAUCUUUUUGUUAUAAAGUUAUCAGAGUUAUUGGAAGAAAUACUGGAUGAAAAACUACUGAGGUGGCCACUAAAUAGAGAUCCUCUAUUGUGGUCACUAAAACGGAAAAUAGUGGCCACUAUAGAGGUGGGUUUAGUAGCCACUUUAGUGUUCUCUCCAAUUAGUCCUUGGCGAGCCCCUAUAGUGGCCAUUAAAAAUUUUCCCAGUAUAGCUUUUUUGCUAGCAUUUAUCAUAGCCUGACUUCUUUUUUGUCGAUUUUGUCUGGGAUUUAUCAGUUUUUUCAAACUUUCAACCGAAAUUUUCCCUAUUUUGUUCCGAUUUGAUCUUUUUCUUAUUUUCAUUUUUCCAGGUCAACCAUGCACCUCCAGAAACUGUGAAAGGACGGAAAUCAGGUGGAAAAUCGAAUUCGUUUGACGAUUACGAGGACUACGAGGUGGGUAUCUUGAUUUAGCUAAACGGAAUAAUUCAAAAAAAAAUUUUUUUGUGUAUUUUUCAAAAAAAUAUUUAUAAAAAAAAUUUUUUUUGAAAAAAAUGAGAGGCCCCUAUAGGGUCCCCUUGAGCUUCAGGGGCUGUGAGAACAGACCCUAGGCUUCUUUAAGGGCCACCUUAAUUUUACCCCUUUAGGGAUCACUUUUUCGGCCCCUAUAGGUGUUGUUUUCGCCCCUAACCCCUAUAGGGACCACUCCGGAAUUUCUACGAGUACAUUUGAUGUAAUGGAGAAACUUAAGCUGAUGGACCGAGGCCGGUUACCCGAUGAAGAGGACGCGGAAAUGUUCCGCGUUCCGGACGACGCCGCCGGCGCCCACUACGCCCCCGUCGGCGUCACCGAACGAUGGCUCGACGGCGUCAAAGUUUGUCAAGAACACCGGGACGUCUUUAAAAUGCGAACGUUUGCAGUACCGCGUCGGCGACUGCGUCCAGUACCGCGGCGAGGCCUGCCGCUCAUUCUUGAACAACCGAUUUGUGAUGAUGACCAAUGAGAGCCGGGAAGAGAUGUAUGACAUCGGUGAGCGAAAUUUUGAAGAUUUUUGAGUUUGAACUCUGGAAAACUAUCUUUUUGACACGAAAAAACUUUAGUGGCCACUUAAGAGGCUUCUCAAGGACAUUGGUAACGCGAAACCGUGCUCCGGACGUUUCUGGGCGAUUCUAGAUUUCACUUAAGAGUUGGGAGGCUAUUAAAAUGGUCACUAGAAAUGCCCCGACACGUCAACUUACUGACCUGUCUGCGCUCUCUUUUCCGUCUCUGAAGAGGCGAGAGAGCGCUAGAAAAAAGAGGGCGCAGAGAACAGGAACUGUGAAAAUUUUAAGUGGCCACUAUAGAGGCUCGCCAAGGACUACUUGGAGAGGACACUAAAGUGGCCACUAUACCCACCUCUAUAGUGGCCACUAUUUUCCGUUUAGUGGCCACAUCAGUAGUUUUUCAUCCAGUAUUCCUCCCAGUAACUCUUAUAAUUUCAAAACGCACAGAUUGUACCAGUUAUGUUGAUCCAUUGACCCCUAAAGUGGCCUCUAGAAUUUUUAGUGGUCUAGUAAUAGUACUUAUACCCAUAUAGUGGCAACUGAUUUUUACCCCUUGUGGCCACUAAUUUGACUACUAUGGUGGCCACUAAAACGUCAAACCCUAUAGUGACCACUAAAGAUCUUCACAGAAAUAGGAAUUUUCUCAUUUUCAGACCGGAAUCUUCGCGCAGCGAUGCUCUUCAUCAAUUCGGCGCCGACGAUAUCGCAAAAAUGUCGGCAAAUCUCGCAGGCCGUCGCCUGCCACCACAUGUACAAGAUUUGCGACGGCGGGGCGGGCAGCUCGAAAAUCGUCGCGAUCUGCAAAGACGACUGCGAGACGAUUCAGGUGAGCGAUGUCGCAGGAAAAACCAGUGGAAAAAUGAAGAAAAGCAGAUUUUUGAGAAAAAGAUGGUGAAGAACUAUAAUUCUUGAAAGGCUCAAAAGAUCGUAGAAAGGCUCAGUAAUGGUCGAAAAAAAUGACACGAAACUUGAAGAAUAUGGGAAAUAUUUCAAAUAUAUAUUUUUUGAAAAUCGAUUUUUUUCCUCUCAUUUUUUUCUGGUGAAAAAAAGGAUUUUUUUAACAGUCUAAAAAAAUAUAACAAAAAAAAUAACAAAGUGGGCUAUUUUUUUGAACGCUGAAGUCGCAGUGAAUGUAUUUUUUCGAAGUUAUUUUUUUCAAAUUUUUCCUGCAAAUCAUAGGAAAGAGGCAAGUCAGGACCUUGAAAAAUAGUUUUUUUUUUACAAAAUUAUAUUUUUUGAGGCUCUCAUUAGAUUUUUUUAGUUUUUCCUCCAGAAGAUGCUUCAAACUGGUCCGAAAUCGGAUCUAUUAACAAAAAUUCAUAAAAAGUGAAAAAAUGAGGUUUUUUAGCAGUACAUGCAUAUAGGUUUUUAUAAAAUUAUUCCUGUAUUUAAAUUUUUGGUAUUUAAGCUGCGAGAAGAUCCGACUGGAGAUUUUACAAUGAAUCAUGAAAUUUGAAGGAUCAAGAUAUUUUCAAGAAAAUGGUUCUGAAGCCAUAAUUUCUUUGAGAAGUUUUAAUAAUGAAAAAAGUAUGAUCAAAACAGUUUUUUCGAUUUUUGAAGGCUUCUUUUAAAGAAAUCAGCAAAUUUAAUUUUGCCGGUACUUUUUUUCCUUUUUACUGAGUUUAUUGAAAAUGUUCCCUUUUAUCUUCAUCGAGCAUCUUGGUUUGAUGGAUUUUUCGAGAUACGAUCGGCGUCUUUUUGAACCAAAAUGUUCUUUUUUUGAAGACGGAAAGAAAAAAAUGAAAUUUCUUUUUUUGACUAACUUUGAGCGCUCGUCCAAAAAUUUUUGACCUCCUAGAUCAUGUUCGAAGAUUUUUCCCCGCAUUUUUUUCCCUUUUUUCGAAUUUUUUUCUCAUCUAUUUUAAUUAUAUGUGUUUUUUUAGUUUUUAUUUUGCUUCGUCUUUUUUUCAAAUAUUGAGGUUGCUUAUGAAAUAAUUCCAGAAUACAAAAAGUAAAAAAAAAAUAUUUUUUUUUGUUAUUUUGAUACUGCGAGGAUUACGUAUACAACCCAUCCUAUUGGAUUUUAAGGAAAUUAUCUAAUUUUUUUUUUCUCAAACUUAUGAAUUGAAUAAUUUCAGUAUUUAGGUCGUCUUUCAAGUAUUAUUGUUGAAAAAAAUUGGACUUGAAAAAAAAAAUUUCUUUCUCCAAUUCUAUGAAAUAAAUUACAGUUUUAAGUCCUUCCAUUUCAUUUUCUGGUGUCUUUGAUAUUACAUUUAGGUUAAAAUUGUUAUUUUAUAAUCAUAUAAUUUUUUUCGGAUGGUCAUUUUCAAGUAUUUAUAUUUCGAAUUUCGGAUUUUUUUAUUUUUAUUUUUGAAAUCCCCCAAUUUAUAUUUUUCGAAAUGGUACGGGUUGUACAUGAAAACAUGAUCUGAAAUUUUUCAAAAAGUACCUGCAAAAAAGAAAAUUUUUGUCACAUUUUGUACCCUUGAACAUUCCUUGUCAGCCUUCAGAUCCGAGAGAAUCAUAAGAAUGGCAUUUUUUCAGAACAAAGAGUGUCCAGCGGAGUUGGCCCUAGCCGCGCAGCACGAGCUCGUCGGCGACAAUUCCAAGGCGCUUUUCCCGCUCUGCUCGAGACUCAGCGCCACUUCGAACUGUAUCCCCGUCCUCGACACCGCCAAAACUAUGGUACCGUAUUCUUAUACCUUUUCCUGGGGUCUUGACACGACAAUUUUCUUCUGGAAAAUAGAUAAAUGAGGUUUAGGAAUUUGCCUUUUUUGGUCAUUGGAAAAAAUCACACAGACCUUGUUUGCUAGUUUUCAAAAGUGAAGUUCAUAUACCGUAAUCGAUUGGGUCUCACCACGAAAGUUUUUUCGAUUUUAAGAACAUUUGAAAGCACCUGAGAAAGCCCAUCUCUCUCAUUGGGUUGGAAGUUUUUGUGAAUAAGCCGAGAGGGCUGAAAGUUAUAUAACGUAACCAAUAGGGUCUCACCACAAAAUUUUUUUUUACAGUUCUGAGAACAUUUGAAAACUACUAUAAAGGCCUACCUCUCUUAUUGGGUUUAAAAUUUCAUGGAUGAGCCAAAAGGGCUGAAAUUUAUAUACCUUAACCUGUUGGGUCUCACAAAGAAAGUUUAUCGACUUGAAAACAGCUGGUCUUUUUGCAAUAACACAAAAUUACCCGAAUGGUGUCUCUUUUAUUGGCUUUGAACUUUCAUGGAUGAGCCAAGAAGGCUGAUUUUAAAUACUGUAAUUUGUUGGGUCUCACCGCGAACGUUUUUCGAUACUAAGAACAUUUGAAAAGAACUGUGAAUGAUUUUUCAAAGCCGUUGUAAGCAGAUAAAAUCACCGAAACGGUGAUAUCACAUUCGAAUUUUUAUGUGUGUUUGGAUGAACCCAAAGGGCUGAAGUUCAUAUACCGUAACCUGCCGGGUCUCAUCACGAAAAUUUUUUUGACUUUAAAAACAUUUGAAAACAACUGUGAAGGCUUUUUCAAAGCCGUUGUAAUCACCUAAAACUUCCCAAAUAGCGACACCUCAUUCGAGUUUUUAUUCGGUCUUGAUGAGCCGAAAAGGCUCUAUAUACCGUAACCUGUCGGGUCUCACCACGAACGUUGUUUCAGACGGUGGCGCCACCGGACACGCGGAGAGGCCACCUGACCCAUUGGUGCUACGUCGACAGCGGCAAGCACUACGAGGGCAGCAUGGCGACGACCGUCAGCGGAAAGUCCUGCGUCGAUUGGGCCGAUUCCACUUCUAGGUAUCGGUUUUCUUGGUAUUGUACUUACAAGGAUACUUGAGUUCACCAAGGGAAGCUUCUGGUUUCGGUUCCUUGAAAGGUGUUUGGAAGCUUUUCAGCAAGUGGCCUUUAAAUCCUAACACCUUACAGUUACCUACUGGAGGCUUGCCGACAGGCUGCUGACAGGCUUUUUAUUUUUUAGCCUUCUUAAGACCAUUUGAAGGUUUUCCUUAGUACAGGCUCCUAUUGUAUCUGUAGCAGUAGACCUAUUUUAUAGGAGGAUAAAAGUUCAAAGAGUACUGAAAAUCUGUAGUUCCAGGUGAAGAAAAGUUCCUCUGAAACUACCUAAAAUCUUGUCUCAAGCUCAUCGUCUGAAACAUUGACUCCCCCCAUUUUUCAGAGACUUCAACGUGGACCGAUACCCGGAGCUGAAGCAUUCCAAAAACUACUGUCGGAACCCUGGAGGCAAGAAAACGCGACCAUGGUGCUACUCACAGCCGUUGGGCCAGGAGGAGUACUGCGACGUCCCUCAAUGUCCCAAAGACAUGUACCCGCAUCUGGCUGAAGCGCCGAGAGGACAUGGAAACGGCGAUACGGUGAGUUUACUGACCGGGUUCUGCUUUCACCAGGGAAUGGUCUUCGGGCGCAGUGGUACUUCUGCAUUGAACCACGUCUUCUAGAUGAAGUUUUUCACGCUGAUCCCGAAUCUGGUCUCAAAAAAAUGCCUGGGAAGUCUGUGGGAAUAGUUAUGGACCCUCAAAAGUUGGUAACAAGAAAAAUCGCCAUUAAAAGAGGAAUUUUAGAGAUGGCCCAGAACUGGGGUGAAUGAAUUUAUGAAAUCUUGGCAGAAGGUAAUUGGAGACAUCAGAAUCGGAAUCAGCAUGAAAAUGUUCCUCUAAUGGUUACACUUUCAUUUGAAAGCCCUGGAAAGCGUUUUGAAGUUUUUAUGGGUCAAAAAGCCAUUCCAAAUGCGACCCUUGUCUCUUCAAAUUUGAUAAAUACUCGGUCAAAGUCGGAAUGGUCGAUAAUGGCCGCUAAAAGGUAGCAAAAAGGUUGCAAAAAGGCUGCAAAAAGGCUGCGAAAAGGUUACAAAAAGGCUGCAAAAAGGCUGCAAAAAAGAGCCUUUUGCACCCUUUCCGACUUUGCCUAGGCUGUUGUAUUCAAUAUCAACUGAUCUUUGACCUGCUUUUUCCAGAACGGAGGUCUAUCCGAAUCGGUGACGGCCCUGUGGGACUCCCUGGCCCCUCACACCCAACUGGCCGUCGUCGGCGGCGGCGUCUUCGUCUCCCUCCUGUUCCUGCUCCUCUUCUGCUGUGCUUGCUGCUGUCGGGCCAAGAAGAAGUCGCAGAAAGCCCGCCAGACCUCCGCACAUAUCCCGCUUCACUCCUCUACCGCUCCGAGUAUCAUUAAUAGGUGCGUUUUUGGAUUACGACUAUUAACAAGGAGAAAGAGGUGAAUGAAUGGAAGCGUAGAAAUCCAGAAGCUUUUCAAUAUGGGAUAAUCGAAUAAAUCUAAUCGCUGAGAGUUUGAGACGACAUCGACAAUCCCAUAGCCUGAUCAAAAAAAAAAAAUUUGAAGGAGCAUUUACUUGUUUCGUAGUCCCGAGCCGAAGUGCCGGUGGAGAUGUACUUGGGACCAUGUACAAAGUGGUUUGAGAAACAAAUUGUGCUGCUAUGUGUUUAAAGGAGCGCGGACUCAUUUCAAAAAGGUCUUACGGCAAAAAUACGUUUCCAGAGAUGUUUAAGAUCAUGCAAGGAGCAUCGAUGAUUAAUACGAUGGAAAGAAUCACUGGAAAAAAAUUUAUAUAUUUAUCAAGCUUUCAAAGGAGCAUGGGCUGAUUUGAAAAAAAAAAAAAGGUCUUGGGACGAAGAGACGUUUUUAGGGAUUUUCCGCGCCUUUGAACGUGUUGAAUAAAGUUUUUUUUCCAAAAGAUCAACGUAUAUAAAAUUUUGUGGCGUUUUCCCUUUGAAACUCACUAGGCGUUUAAAGGAGCAUGGGCUGGUUUAGAAAAAGGUCCUGGAGCGAAGAGACGUUUUUUGGGAUUUUUUUGCGCUCUGGAAUGUGCUGAAUAGAGUUUUUUUCAAAAAACGUCAAUGUAUAUUAAAUUUUGUAGCUUUCGCUUUAAAACUUGCUAUGCGUUUAAAGGAGCAUGGACUGGUUUUUAAAAAAAAGGUUUUGGUGCGGAGAAAAGUUUUCAGGGAUUUUUAAGGUCGGGUAAGAAUCACCGAUGAUUUAUUUGAUAUUAAAAACGUUAUAAAAAUAUUUAUGAGUGUUUAAAGGAGCAUAGACUGAUUCAAAAAAGGUCUCGGAGCGAAAAGACGUAGUUGGAAAAAAUUACAUUAAAAAAGGGUUUUCUUUUGAAGGAGCAUGGUCCUAAAAGCUGAAUCGAAACCCAGAAAAUUCGACUUAAAAAAAAACAAUAAUUUAGAGAAAUAAUCAGAGGGUUUUACAUUUGGACGGCCAUUUUUUUGAACGAAUUUCACGGACAUUAUACGUUUCUAAACACUAGUUUCAGCCGAUCCACUUCUUCUUUUCGUUUUCAAUUUUGAUUGAUUGUAAAAAAAAAACAAAUCAAAAAGGAGCUGACCGGCCAAAUCAGAGGCCCAGUUCGUUGGAGCGACCUUUCUCCCGUGAUUUUUUAAAAAAAUAGUUAUAUUGACAUUUUUUUCCACUGAACUUUCCGUGGACUCUUACCAUUCCUUUGCAAUAAAAUAUGUGUGAAAACACCGAUUUUUGGUUUGAAAAACGUUUAGAAACGUGCUCUUUUUGUGUUGUUUGCAGCGUCACGGGACGCGGUGUUUGCUGCUUUUUAGUAUGUUUUUUUGACAUUUUUUUGUCUCAUAAGUCGGAAUUUUUCUGGAUUUUUUUGUAUUCGUUUAGAAGUUUUGAUGAUGAAUUCCACAAAUUCUCUUCGUUUAAAAUGAAAAUUUUUCGAUUUUUUUGAGAUGAAGGCGUCAAAAAGUAGUUGGAAACUCUACGGAAAAAUCUUUAAAAAAACUUAUUUUUUUGUCAAAUUUUAUGAUUUUACUUUUUUUAUUUUUAAAAAGUAAAUAAUUCCGUUCCUUAUUUUUCCAAGUCAUGUGCAAAAAAACUUCAAAGGGAAAAAUUAAACGAGAUUUUUUUCCAAAAAAAUAUUUUUUUCCCUCUGUUUGUCCCUCCGUUGAUUUUUUUCAGAACUACAAGUUCAAAUCCGGUUACUUUUUAUUUCACAACCACUUUUUUUGGUAGCGUAGUUUUUAUACGGCGAACAAAUGUUGUUUUUUUCCAAAUUUGAUCAAAAAGUGCGUCGAUAAUGGAAAUGUUUACACGUCGAUUUGCCACGAUUUUGAGUCAUCUUUAGUUUUUUUUUUUUCAUUUCAUUUCAUUUUUUGAUUUCGGUUCUUUUUUUCCUUUUGUGAGUUUCCUGGUUAUUUUUUGAAUUGAUUAGCAUAAGUUUUCUCAGAUAUUUUCAUACUUCUUUCAAGAAAUGCAUUAGAACUUCGCUUCUAACUUUUUUUCUCGUCAAUUUUCGAUUCCAAUAGUUUUCAUAAUCAAAAAAUAACUUUUCUGCUUCGAAAUGCCUUUUUUGCUUACUAAGAACUAAUAUUUUUGAUAAAAUUCUCCAAGUUCUUCAAAAAAAGAGAGCCAAAUAAAGAUUAAAACCCGAUUUUUAUAGCUUUUUCGUCAAUUUUUUCUUUUUUUGCAAAGUUUUUUGGAAAAAUUUCAUCCACAUGACUCUCAACGCAAAAAUCGAAUUUUGAGCUUUUUCUCUUCAAAACGAAAUGAUCCGCAAGUUCAAGGCUGAAGAAAGUGUUUGUUUCUAGGGUUUUGACGUUUUAGUGGCCACUGUAGUAGUCAAAUUAGUGCUCACUUGAGGGGUUAAAAGUUAGUGGCCACUAAAAAGGUCUAAGUGCUACUACUAAACAACUGAAAAUUUUAGUGGCCACUUUAGGGGUCAAUGGAUCAAAAUAACUGGUCCAAUCUGUUAGUUUUGAAAUUAUCAGAGUUAUUGGAAGGAAUACUGAAUGAAAAACUACUGAAGUUGCCACUAAAUAGAGAACCUCUGUAGUGGUCACUAAAACGGAAAAGAGUGGCCACUAUGGAGGUGGGUUUAGUGGCCACUUUAGUGUUCAAGUAGUCCUUGGCGAGCCUCUAGAGUGGCCACUAAAAAUUUUCCCAGUCUGGCCAGUUUUCAGGAGAAUCCCAAACAAAAAGUUAAAUGACCUACAAAAUCUCAAAACUAGAGAAAUGUAGCUCUCUGAACUAUUUUCGGUUGCUUUUUUGGUCCUUUUCCCGUUCUUCGCUCUAAAACCAAAACAAGGUUGCCAUGCGAACGGCCCCAAGACACCAAUGUUCAAGCCGUCUUCUUCUCCUUUGCAUUCCUCGCCGUCAUAUUUGUUUGAACGCGCCUCCUCCGUCUCUAUUUUUCCCCUGAUAUAAAUCCUAUGGCAGUUGAUUUGAAGCCCAAGCCAUGUUCAACCCGUUUUUGACCUGUGGCUUCCAAAAUACUGUCAACGAUGCCUAUGUGAUCCCGAUCUGUGCCCCGAGCAAGGGCCAAGACGACGAUGAUCAGGCCGUUUUCUGGACCGGCAGGUUCGAUAAUCGCGACAAGGAGAAGUUGGUUUUUCAGUUUUUAUUGAUGACCUCAAAUAACCCUGAAAAUGGCUUUUCGUCUCGAGACCUUUAUUAGAUUCAGCUGUGCUCCUUUAAAAUAUUAUAAAUGGAAUUUUUGAAUGGACUUUAUGAGGGAAUACAUUUUAGGUUUUGGAUGGCUUUGGCGACUUAAAUGGCCUUGAAAUUGGCUUUUCGCUUCGAGACCCUUUAUGAGCUCGGCUAUGCUCCUUUAAACAAUGAAGCUUGUUUUCGAACGGACUUUUUAAAAAAAAGUUUACUAGGUUUUGUAGGGAUUUUUCGACAGGAAUAGCUACCUCAAAUAACCCUAAAAAAAUGGCUUUUCGCUACGAGACCUUUAUUAGAGUUAACUAUGCUCCUUUAAAAUAUCAAAUGAGAUUUUUUUGAAUAGACUGUAUGAGGGAACAUUUUAGGUUUUGGAUGACUUUGACGCCUUGAAUGGGCCUGAAAAUUGGCUUUUUCGCCUCGAGACCUUUAUGAGAACCAGUUAUGCUCCUAUAAACACCAAGCCUUGAUUUUGAAUAGACUUUUUAAAAAAUUUUUCUAAGAAGUUUUUUUUUGCUUAUUUUUUUUUGAAAAUAUUUCCAUUUUUCCAAGCAGUUUCAACUUUCAAAUAAAACUUAUUGAAAAAAAUUGGAAUUUUUUUGGAAAAUAUGAAGAAAAAGUUCUGAUCAAAGUUGGUUUUUUUCACAGUUUUCCUUGAAGAAAUCAAUGAUUAUCUUCCUUUUUCUCGUCGCCAUUGAACUUUUUAAGUGAUAAGUGAUCAGUGAUCAUAGUUUCUAUAAAAGACAAGCUUUUUCUCCGUUUUUCCAAAGUUUCAGCUUGUAUCUUUGACGUGGCCUUGUUUAUUUGAAUAAGAAAGGUGUUGACUUUACUGGGGACUGUUUUAUAGGUAUGUUUAUUCGGUUCUUGAGCCGAUUGGGCUGCUCUUGGGGUUAGUGGAUCGGAAAUCAUGUUUUGAGCGGGUUUAUGAUUGGGAAAUUGAUUGGUUGGGGUUUUUUUCAGUGAGUAGAAAGGUCAAUAAAAGGCUUAGUGAUGGAAAUAGAAUAGUAAGGUUGGAUUGGAGGUAGUUUUUUUCCAAAAAAAUUUUCACAGGGAGGGACUUGGUUCAAGCUGAUUUUUUUAACUUUUUUUAAAAAUAUUUCUCUUGAAACAACUUUUUUUCGAAUUAAGACUAUAUGGACUAAAGUUCUUUGGAAUCAGUCUGUCUAAGAAAAUAUGAAAUUACAUUUUUGGACAAAAAAAAUGGCUUAAUCUGGCUUUUGAACGAUGGGAAAAUUCAUAGAAAAUCAAAAAAAAGGGGGAUUUGGUAUGAAUUUGCAGGUUUUGGGGAGUUUGAAUAGUAAGAAACCUCAGGGAGCUUGAAAAUUAUCACAGAAAGAGUCAUUAUUUCCGAGAAUUAAGAUUAAAAUGAGCAAAAGACGUAAAAAUUGAAGCUUUGAGGAUCCUCAACUGAUUAGAAAAGCGUUUUGAGAAAAAUCCCGGAUCUUUCUCUUUUUCGAAGACUCCAGAGGGGUCCCUAUAGGGGCCGUACCCCUUUAGAUUCCACUAAAGCUUGAAAAACUGGUCCCUAUAGGGAUCAUGAUACUCGAUAAUAGUUAUGGAAUCUAAGCGAAGAAGCCUUUCUAUGCGAAAAACUGAAUAAAUAAGCGUUUUGAAUGAAAUUGAGAGACCCCUAUAGGGUCCACUUUAGAUUCAGAGGCUAAGGGAUCAGACCCGAAACCCCUAUAGGGACCACCUUGAUUUUAACCCUAUAUGGACUGCUCUGUCAUUCCUAAGUUUUACUGAUCAUCUGUUAUCAAGACUCCAUUUUCAGUGCCGCCAACUCUGCCUACUACCGCAAGCUGAAUGGAACAUCGACCCCGAUCAUGUCAACCCGAGGCCCGGGCGGCGUGGAGAUGUCCUCCCUGCUCCAGCCCGGCAGCAUAAACCACCUCGGACCUCCGCCCUACGCCGACCAUUCCGCGUUCCCGAUGCGCAACGCCGAACCGCCCAUCGCCGACGAACAUCCCUACCACGUCCUGGAGAUCUCUCCGUCGCAGCUCAGUGUCAGAGAACUCAUCGGCGAGGGACAAUUCGGCAUGGUCCAUUCGGGUGUCUGGACCGGAGGGUUGGUCAGCAGAGAGCCCCUGACCGUGGCCAUCAAGACUUGCCGAGCCGACGCGACCAACGCCGAAAGGGUCAGCCUGGAACAGGAAAUCAGGACUGUCGCUUCGUUCGACCAUCCCCAUGUGAUCCGACUCCUCGGCGUCAGCUACAUCGAAGGGAAUCUCACCGCCGUCUUCGAAUACAUGGUCCAUGGAGAUCUGCACGAUUUGCUGAGGCUGAGAGCCCCGGCGAAUGGAGACAACGACCUGGAACGCAUCUCGGCCGACAAUGAGGACUUCUUGAGGAUCGCUACUCAGGUUCGUUUUCAUUACGAAGCUCUCGUUUUUACGCGCUAUUCUCAUGCUUCACUAGUAGAUGAAAACGAGCGACAUCGCAAAAGUGUUGCAUUGUAGCCGUGCCGGUCUGGCGUUUUUCUUGCCGCGAUAUCGCAUUUUGAAGAUUUUCAAAUCUUGUUGGCGAUAUCGCGAAAGUGCUGCAUUGUUUCCUCGCCGGUCUUGCGUUUUCCUUGACGCGAUAUCGCGUUUUGAAGAUUUUUCAAGUUUUUGAGAAGCGGAAGAAGGCAAAAAAGCAGCAUAUUUGCGAGAUUUUUGAUAUAUCGCGAGAGAUAUCGCUUUUCUCCUGCGCCGGUCUAGGCGGUUAUCUUUAGUGUAACUUCACCGCUGAGAGAAAAAAUAGGGUAAUUAUUCAGUUUUUCAUUUUCAGAUCGCCUACGGAAUGGAGUAUCUCGCAUCGAUGUCCUACGUUCAUCGGGACCUGGCGACCAGAAAUUGCCUCGUUGGCGAUAAUCGAAUCAUCAAGAUUGCCGAUUUUGGACUGAUGCGUGCCUGCUACGAUAAUGAUUAUUAUAAGGUAACUUUUUACCAGUAUCCUUUUUUUUAACUCCCAAUUUUUUGAUAAUCAUUUGAAUCAAUUCCAGAUGCUUCACCGAUCGUGGAUGCCGGUCCGUUGGAUGUCGAAAGAAGCUCUCGAGCAGGGCCGCUUCAGCGAAGCCUCCGACGUCUGGGCCUUCGGCGUGACCCUCUGGGAAGUUUGGAGCUACGGUCGGCAGCCCUACGAGUGCGCUUCGAACCAACAAGUCAUCGAGCUGAUCGCCAAUCGGCAUCUCCUCGAAUGUCCCCACAACUGCCCGCCGAAUAUCUAUAGGUGAAUUUUGUCGAAAAUGUCGUUGGCUUUGUUGGUCUGAUAUCUCUUCUCUCUACAGAACGAGAAGCUUCUGCGCCCUAUGGGUUUUUUUUUCGAAAAAUUGAAAAAUGGCAAAAAUUUUAAACCUUGAGGGGACUCGAACCAGCAACCCUUUGCACCUCAGAGAUAAUUGCUAGCCACUAAGCCAUUAGGAACUCCACAAAAAACGUCCAGGAUAUCCAAAAAAAAGAAAGGAAUUUUUGCAAUUUAGAUUUUUCUCAUUAUCUUGUUAGCCAGAGAGUCAAGACGCUGACAAAAUGCCCAUUUUUUCAAUAAGUUGGAAAAUGGCAAAAAUUUUACCCUUGAGUGGAGUCGAACCAGCAACCCUUUGCACCUCAGAAAGAAGCCUUAACCGCUGAGCUACGACCUUUUUUUAACUAAAAGUCUUUACAGUUUGAUGGUCGAGUGCUGGCACGAGAACGUGGAUCGACGGCCGACCUUCUCCGAAAUGCACAGUCGGCUCCAGUCGUGGGUCCUCGCAAGCCCCGCCCACUCUCUGAUGCAGAAUCGCGCCGGAUCUCACAGCGGUUUGUUUUUCUAUUAUUUUCUAUUUUUUGAGUUCUAACCAACAAAAAAAGAAUAGAAAAGCUAUGAGUUUGAAGGGACAAGGCGUAGUUACGAAAAAUUCCCUUCGAGACCCAAAAAAGUCUUAGCGUAAUAAUUGAUUACUGUUACAAAAGCUUUUUAAGUUAAUUUGGCUCAGCUGUGAGGCUAUUACCGCUAACGAAUGUACACUAUGGGCGCACAUUUAAAGGCGCAUAUACAAGAAAACGAAAGAUGUUUUGAAGCGCAUUUUUUUUCUCUCAUGCGCCUUUAAAUAUUGAGAGUUCCUAGUUGUUUCGAUUCUUUUCCGCUUUUUUCAAUCUUUCUUGAAACAAUCGAUUUCAGGCUCAUCUGGAGCGGGUCGUCCCAACCAACAGAAGCCUUCCUUGCCGCCGACACGCAACGCGGGCUACCAGGCGUCGCGGCCGCCGCGACGCGGUGAAGACGCGUCGCCUUUGAUGCGUCGCGACGCGAAUUAUGACUACAGCGAGGACGGCGACUCGGAUUGA